CCUUGCCGAUAUUCACUGUGUACAUACAGCGUAAAGAAACACGUGCUAGUCUAAUAUUACAAUAUCGUAGCUGCCAAGUCUGUCUGCCUUGAAAUUACGGAAUUUCAAGCUCUUCGGUACGAGAUACGAGUAUUUGAAUACGUUGCCCGAGUGUUACGGUUCUCGUCCAAGGUGAAGCAAAUAAAUUAUUUUGAUAGGUUUACGGGCACUGCGAAAAUAACGCGUUCAUUUCACGAGCACCAAGUGAAAUGACGGAUUCGUGUAAAUUGCGCUUGAAAAUCUCAGGAUCGCUAAUGGUAACCUCUGACUUUGAAGGCAUGUCAAAAUUAUCAUUAAUUUAAUUUAAAUUUAUUCCUUUGACUUGACUGGAGACGCAAUUGUUUCACAUCAUGAAAUCCUACAAGCACACUCGACUAGCUAUUGCAAAAUAAUCGAUUGUGGAAUCGCACUCGUCGUUAUUCAUGAUGGCAUCCAUAGAAAAUACUAACAAAGAGAUCGUCACAGUGACUACACCGAGUCUCUUAAGAUAAAGAAAUCUUAACUGGGAUCAUCAUAAGCGUUUGACGCUCCUGUUCUGCGAAUUGAGGGUAGACAAUUUUCAUGGAUCUAAGUCCGUCUCUCUGUGCUUUCAGCUCGGAAACUUUUCAGGGACGUGUCUGAAACUUUAGGCACCCUAAAAAUGAUUGUGCCUCUCUUUUUCGAAAAUAUUCAUUUUUCACCAAGUCAACUGAGAAAGAAUAAUGACUUUAGAGAGUAUACGAGUGUAAUAUAGAUAAUCAAUGAUCUAUAAAUAGAAAAAGGAUCAGACACGUGGAAUUGAUACUCUGCCAAAAAACAGCUCAUGCAUCGUAUAAUCCAAUUGGAUUGAUACAAUGCAAUUAAUAAGUCAUUGGCUGAGAGUGAGGAAACGUAGAUGAUAUCCAAGAGGAGAAUAUUGAAAUUACUCGUGGAGGAGUCCAUCUUACGUGGUUGGGCCAUCGUUGACGUCGACGUCGACGGAGCAACUCGGCCAAGCCGGCCCGACGCCAAAAUCAGCUCAGUCGCUUUCCGGUCGGUGUUUUAUAAAUACUGCAGACAGCCGCGAGUGCACCGAACACCAAAUCCUCGUGAAAUACUGAUAUCCGUUCGUUGAGGAACGUGAUAGGAGCUGAGACCAGGAAUACAGUGGAUACAGUGAAACUGUUGAUAUUCAACAUUUUUAAAACCACCAGCUUAACAUGGGAUGAAAUACCAGAUGAUGUCACCCAAUUUUUUUUGAGACUCCUAUGAACAUCUUUCAAAGAAAAAAAGAAUAAUUGAUCUCUCUUCUCUUGUGAACCAGGAUUGUUGCAGCUGUCUGAGAAUUUCCACCGUUGAAUUCUUGGGCGAAUCGAGGGUUCGCGGCUUGGCCAGAAGCCAGUGAUAUCAGACACAACUGAUAUUGCAAAAAAGGAUGCUACAUUUUUCAUGUACCAAGGAUCAAGGAUCGACCAACAGGACCAACUGACACCUCAUUACAUGCAAGAGGAGCUUUGAUACAACAUUGAAUCUUGAACCUGUACAACAACAUGAACAAUUUCCUGGCUGAUUUUGAUUGGAAUUUCAUUAACUGAAGGAAAGCAGAAGAAUGAGUUUAACCAAGAAAGCAAUAGGUGGUUCAAUCCACAGGAUACGUGAAUUCGAAUUGGAGAAGGUGAACCUUGCCGAUGAGUUCGACAUCCUGCAAAUCGUGGGCGAGGGAUGGUUCGGCAAGAUACUAUUGACUGAGCAUCGCAGCACGCAGACGGAGAUGGUACUGAAAGCACUGCCUAAGGCAUAUACAGGAAUUUCGGAUUUCUUUCGGGAAUUUCAUUACGGUCUUCAUUUGUCAGCGCAUCGUAAUAUCAUAACGACAUACGACGUAGCUUUCGAGACUGCAGGGUUCUACGUCUUUAGUCAGGAAUACGCACCCUUGGGCGAUCUGACUUCGAAUGUCACUGAAACUGGUCUCGGCGAAUUGCACGCGAAGAGAGUAGCCAGGCAAUUGGCUGCGGCUGUUCAACAUAUACACAGUAGAGAACUGGUACACAGGGAUAUCAAGUUGGAUAAUAUAUUAGUGUUUAAGAGUGAUUUUUCAAGGAUCAAAUUGUGCGACUUUGGAGAGACUAGAAGAGUCAAUACUGUUGUCAGGAGACACAAUGAGUGGUUGCCGUAUUCGCCGCCUGAAGUAUUGCAGAUCGAUACAGAUGAGACUUACAAGGCACUCACUGCACACGAUGUCUGGCAAUUUGGAAUCGUGCUAUUCGUGUGUCUGACGGGUUGUUUGCCAUGGCAGAAAGCUGCUUCCGAUGACCCCAGGUACACCAGGUAUCAAAAUUGGCACUCGGCUACGUUAAAUAUCGCCAAGAAGCCAAAGCUCUUUCAACUAAUCAGUUCCCGCGCCCAGAGGAUGUUCAAAAGACUACUUGACCCCAGGAUUGAGAAGAGACCCACAACAGUGUUUGAAGUGAAUAAAUACUUGGAGGAUAGGUGGUUGGCAAAAUUGGGAGCCGAGAAAGCACUGAAUGGUGGCGUCGAUGAAAGAGAUGAACUCUGCCCAUCCAUGUACAGCUUUCACAGUUCAUUAGAGGAGAAGAAUCAGCUUCUCUUCACUCUAACGCAAUACGGCAUCGAGACUACAGUGGACAGAUCGAAGAAGAAGGAUCGAAUCAGAGAGUGGAUCCAGUCCAGCGCGAUAAUAGAGGAGAACGAGGAAGAGUCUGAUUCGGAGUUGCACGAGGAUGAUGAAGAAGUCAAUAUGAAAGGGAAGCACUUCCCAGAAAGGCGAGAAAGUUCAAGAGUGACAAAUAAGAAGGAAGAGAGCAGGAAUCGCGGCGAUGAGCGUCGAACGAAGACGGAUGUCAAACCAGCUGCUACUAAGCCCACAGAGAGAAGGAAUCCAUUUGCUCCUCAAGUAGCACAGGAGCGUCAAGUUGUGGCGCAGUACGCAAGUUUUCCAAACGGCGACCCCAACUUGGCGUUUAAGCCUAACGGCGUGCCUGCUAAAGAAACAAUAUCCAACGAGGAGUAUCCGGUGGGUGAUGUCUAUGAUCAUUACGCCAAUAGAAGAACGGGACAAAGUAAGGUUGUUCCAGAAGUAUCAAGAGAGAGUCCCAGUAAUGACACCCCAAGGGAAUAUCGUUCAAAGAUCAUCAAGAGCGACUCGAUCGAGACCAAUGACAGUUCCAAGAAUGGUCAGGGCACAAACUCUUCAGGAAACAGUGCCAGCACUUCUGUGGAUGGUUCAGUGGCGCUCACGAACUUGAGUCCCAAUACGUCUACAGCAAAUAGUUACGUCUCUGACGUCGUUGCGCUGUCAAGUAAUUCAAAUGACACUUUGGAAGAGUCUCCGGUCGAGACGCGAAGUCCUCAGGCUCCAACGAGGAAGCAUCGUUCUCACACGGCGCCAUUUCCUAGUGCAAACGUCACAGGGACUUCGAGUAAGUUGGUUCCUGCAAAACGGAGUCAAAGUGCUAAAUUACCAUCUAUCAGACCAACGGUACCGGUACAGUCCAUGAAUCCACUUACAAUGUCAGUGGCGUCGCAAUUAGUAAUGCAGAGUUUCAAUUCGUUGCAAGCGAUGAACGUCGCUCUGCCAAAUUUCACAAACCAGAAGGAGGACGUCGAUAAAGCUUCCCCGGCUACGACGGCGACUUAUGGGAAAGACGCCUAUGAGCAUUACGGUAUAGCUCAGGGUGUCGUUAUAAAAAUGGAAGCGAAGCACAGAGGAUCCACCGGAAGCGGAAGCAGAUCGGCCAGUAAUUGAACAGACUUGAAGGUCCUACAUACCAUUGAGAACCGAUCGUGCGAACGGGGGACCAGAACCUUAACUCGGUGGACGUCAACGACAGACUGAUAUUAACGUGUGAACGCGAAUCGGGAUUUUCUUCCUUAAAACUGUAUUCGUAUUAUUCGUGUGAACACUUUGAAGUAAAGCUUUUAAAAGAAAAACAAAAAAUCGCCACCAGUUCAUUACUCUCGACCUACAAGAUUUCCAAGGAAUUCCUAGAUGGCACCAAAAGCUCAAAUGCACUGUCGUUAACGUGAACCGCAUUGUUACAGCACUGGGAAAGUCCUCAGCGGCCGCUCUGCGUUAUCAUCCGUACCGAAAGUCGGUACAAGUUUAUCGAAAAGUCCAAAAGAUUCCACUGACAAUGAGUUUCAGACGAUAGAAUCGAGCCUGGAGAAAGCAUCGGCAUUGCCUUCGGAAAGAUGAAGUAAGGAAAGGUCGUUUAAGCGAAGCAAAACAAGGUUCUGCAGAAUGAAAAGGCGAACGUGCGUGCACGCGA